GAGGAGGAGCGCUGCGCUGCUUGUUCGCAGGCCUUUAGGGGGAGUGUUGAGGCGCGUGGAGACUGGCACCGCGUCUGUAUGAAGGGGGAGAGGCUGGAAAGCGACGGGAGCACAAGCGCGAGAGAGCUUCGCAGACCGUGGCCCUGUCCCCACUCGAUGCCCGCAAACAACACAUCGCCCUAACCGAGAACAAGGACACGGUAUGAUCGGAAGAUCUCGUGCGCUUUCGCUUCGGAAAUGGAGAGAUGGUCCACGGUCCAAAUGACACAAAGGCACAGUUGAAGUCUCAGUAAAAGAUCUUCAGGGUUAUCCAGGCAGUCUACAGUAACCAGACCAAACUGGACCCCCAAUACUCCAUACUGAGUGGUCUGAACUCUCAAGUUUUGCUUUCACUCAUCCACUGCUAUAAAUGAGUGUUUUAGAAAGAAAGAUCAGGGCUGGGGUGCACACCAGAACCCAUACAGAAUGUCCUGGAUCAACGGCUUCCUAGUGGCCAGAGUGGACGAUCGUAAGACCGCUUGGGGGGAGCGCAAUGGCAAGAAGUCCAAGCGCAAGGUUGGCUCCACUCUCUGCAACCCACGCUACAUGAGCUGCCUGCGGGACGUGGAAGCCAUGGAGCCUCCUCCCCAGCCGGCGCACUCCCAGGCCACCCGGUCCGGAGGAGGGGGCAUGGGAGGUACGGGCAACUUCGGUAUACGCUGCGGAUGGCAGGAAGACCACUACGCGAAAGCGGGGGGAGGGGGGGAAGGGGUGGGGCUUAAAUCUGUCGACCUCGGCUUCGAGGACGGUGACGUCAAGGGGCGGAAAGGGGUCCGUUCGGGUUGUGACGGCUCCAGCGACGACACAGCCAGCGGAGCGGGGUCGGUGACGGCGGCGGACUGCUGGGACAGGGUGGUACUGGUGUUCCAGUCCAAGAAGUUCCAGUCUCGCAAGCUGGAGCGUCUCUACCAGCGAUACUUCUUUAGGCUGAACCAGAGUUCCCUAACCAUGCUGAUGGGCGUUUUGGUGAUCGUCUGCGGGGUCAUGCUUACCUUUCAUUGCAUCCACGGACCCCCCGAUGUGGUCUACGCCUCUGUGCUGUCUGUGGCGAUGGCCCUGUUCAUGGCAUUAAUGGUGGUGUGCAACCGAAACGGGUUCCACCAGGACUACAUGUGGAUGGUCAGCUAUCUUGUGAUUGGAGUGCUAAUUGUGGUGCAGGUAUUUGGGGUGUUGAUGGUGGCCCCCCGCAGCGCCUCGGAAGGGAUCUGGUGGUCCGUCUUCUUCAUCUACAUCAUCUAUACAUUGCUGCCUGUGCGGAUGAGGGCGGCAGUGCUCAGCGGAGGAACAUUGUCCUCCAUACACCUUCUCACCACGUGGAGGAUCAACCAGGAUGAUGAGUUCCUCUGGAAACAGCUAAGCGCGAACGUGCUGAUCUUCCUGUGCACCAACAUCAUCGGGAUCUGCACCCACUACCCGGCAGAGGUCUCGCAGAGACAGGCCUUUCAAGAGACCCGAGGCUACAUCCAAGCCCGAUUGCACCUGCAAAGAGAAAACCAGCAGCAGGAACGCCUGUUGCUUUCUGUUCUGCCAAGGCACGUUGCUAUGGAAAUGAAGGCUGACAUCAAUGCUAAGAAAGAAGACAUGAUGUUUCACAAAAUUUACAUCCAAAAACACGACAAUGUCAGUAUUCUGUUUGCAGACAUUGAAGGUUUUACGAGUCUAGCAUCGCAGUGCACUGCUCAAGAGCUGGUUAUGACUCUGAAUGAAUUGUUUGCCCGCUUUGACAAGCUGGCAUCGGAAAACCACUGCUUACGGAUUAAGAUCCUGGGGGAUUGUUAUUAUUGUGUGUCAGGGUUACCUGAGCCCAGAGCCGAUCACGCUCACUGCUGUGUGGAAAUGGGUGUGGACAUGAUUGAAGCCAUCUCGUUGGUGCGAGAGGUCACAGGGGUGAAUGUAAACAUGCGGGUCGGCAUUCACAGCGGUCGUGUGCACUGUGGAGUUCUUGGACUGAGGAAGUGGCAGUUUGACGUGUGGUCCAACGACGUCACGCUGGCUAAUCACAUGGAAGCUGGCGGCAAAGCCGGGAGAAUUCACAUCACUAAAGCCACUCUACAGUACCUGAAUGGAGACUAUGAGGUGGAACCAGGAUUUGGAGGGGAGAGAAAUGCCUAUUUGAAAGAAAACAGUAUUGAGACAUUCCUAGUUCUGGGAUGCAGUCAGAAACGGAAAGAUGAGAAGGCAGUGAUGGCUAAAAUGCAGCGCACACGGACCAACUCCAAUGAGGGCCUGGUACCACGAUGGGUGCCUGACAGAUCCUUCUCCAGAACUAAAGACUCCAAAGUCUUCAGGCAGAUGGGUAUCGAUGAAACAUCCAGCAAAGACAACCGUGGUGCUCAGGAGGCCCUGAAUCCAGAGGACGAGGUGGAUGAGUUCUUAGGGCGUGCCAUUGACGCUCGCAGUAUUGACCAACUUCGAAAAGACCAUGUGAAGAAGUUCCUCCUCACCUUCCAAACCUCCAGCCUGGAGAAAAAGUAUUCUAAGAAGGUGGACGAUCGUUUUGGAGGUUACGUGGCCUGUACGCUGCUGGUCUUCUGUUUUAUCUCCUUCAUUCAGAUCGUCAUAUUCCCUCAUACUCUGGUCAUGCUGGGAAUUUACAUCAGUAUCUUCAUCAUUCUUGCCAACAUCCUUUUCAUCUGUGCCAUCUACUCUUGUGUGAAGCUCUUCCCGGCUGUCAUGCAGACGGUGUCCAAGAAGAUUGUUCAGUCUCGCACCAACAGCACAUUGGUGGGAGUUUUUACCCUCGUCCUCGUCUUCAUCUCUGCCUUUGUCAAUAUGUUUUCUUGUGAUACAGAGAAGCUGGUGGACUGUGUAGCAAAGCAGUUAAACUGGUCAUCGUCAGAGAUGGUAACUCCAUGCGUCAUUCACAACCUGUCUCGUUCUGCAGCAGAAGGCCUGGAUAUCUGUCCCAACAACACUCCCUCCUGCCCUUUUCCUGAGUAUUUCAGCUACAGCGUGCUGCUGACUCUGUUGGCGUGCUCGGUGUUCCUGCAGAUCAGCAGUAUAGGGAAACUGGCAUUAAUGCUGCUCAUUCAGCUCAUCUUCCUGCUGCUCGUGGAGUGGCCAGAGGUGGCGCUGUUUGACAACGCAGAUCUCUUUGUAACUUCCAAUGCCCUCAUAUUCAAUGAAACCCUGCAGUGGUCCAAUCUCAAUGCAACUGCUGAUCAGUGUCCUUUCAGGGUGACAAAAGUGUCCCUAAAGGUCAUGACCCCUGUGAUCCUCACCGUGUUUGUACUGGCACUGUACCUACAUGCCCAGCAGGUGGAGUCUACAGCUCGUCUGGAUUUCCUCUGGAAACUUCAGGCCACAGAAGAGAAAGAGGAGAUGGAAGAGCUUCAAGCCUACAACCGCCGGCUCCUCCACAACAUUCUGCCUAAAGAUGUGGCUGCCCACUUUCUAGCCAUAGAGAGAAGAAACGACGAGCUCUACUAUCAGUCCUGCGAGUGCGUGGCCGUCAUGUUCGCCUCCAUCAGCAACUUUUCAGAGUUUUACGUGGAGCUGGAGGCCAACAACGAGGGGGUGGAGUGCCUGAGGCUUCUCAAUGAGAUCAUCGCCGAUUUUGAUGAGAUCAUCAGCGAGGAGAAAUACAGGCAGCUGGAGAAAAUCAAGACCAUCGGCAGCACCUACAUGGCCGCGUCCGGCCUCAACGACUCCACCUAUGACAAAGAAGGUCGUUCGCAUAUAACCGCCCUGGCGGACUACGCCAUGCACCUCCGGGAGCAGAUGAAAUACAUCAACGAGCAUUCCUUCAACAACUUCCAGAUGAAGAUUGGACUAAACAUAGGGCCAGUGGUUGCAGGAGUUAUUGGAGCCAGAAAACCCCAGUAUGAUAUUUGGGGAAACACAGUCAACGUGGCCAGUCGGAUGGACAGUACUGGGGUCCCAGACCGAAUUCAGGUGACCACAGAUCUGCACCAGGUGUUGGCCAGUAAAAGUUACCAGCUGGAGUGUCGAGGGGUCGUUAAAGUUAAGGGCAAGGGUGAGAUGACCACUUACUUCCUGAACGACGGACCCCCCAACAGUUAGCAGCUCACUAGCGUUCCUUCAGAUGUUCACAGUUCUCCGGAGAGAAGGAUUGCUCGACGCAACCCGAAGUCAAACAAGUAGCCAUCGCUAUCACUUGAAAACAAACAAUAAAGAACCUCACAAAAAACAAACAAGACUCCAGACCGGAGAGCAGUCACGUAACGCGGCGGCCGUGGAUGUGGCCGCGCGCCUUGAAGGACGAUUGUUUCUGGUUUUAAGCCUCAGGCUCCUUGAAAGAUGCAAAGUCGGUUUAUUUAAUAAAGGCCUUUAAUUCGCCGAAGAGAAACGCUGUACAUAUGGCAUUUUUCCCCGUUUUAUUUUUGUGUGACAUGUUUCCUCCGUUGUUUUCGUUUCAGGAGAAUAUAAAUACAGGUACUCAUGUUUUGUUCUGAAUUUCUUAUUUAUUUCAAUCUUGAUGUUUUCGUGCAAAAAGUCCUUUAUGGAAACGUGUGAAAACGCACACGCAUUUAUACCGUACGUAAACAUGUACAAGCGUAUAUUUGUGUGCAAAUACAGUAUCUGUAUAAAUUAAGAAGAGAACUAUUGACCAAAGACCAAAGUAUUUAAUAGAAAGAAGAUGUUAAAACGUUUGUUGAAGUUUAAAUAUUAUGUAACACCCCUUUUCUGUUUUACGUUUUAUUGUUUAAAGUACGCAUUACACCAUUUGGCCCGCAAUCCGGGUGACUGGCAGGGCGCUGUGUUCUUGAUCAAAUGAAGGACUGAAGGAUUUCUGCUUUGAAUGAAGAUGAGAUGGAUAAGUUGGGAAGUUUCUCUGGAAGGGUAUGCUUUUCAGGUCACGUCCUCGAAGGAGACUUCACUUUCGUUUUGUGUUUUCCGUCAACCAUUUCUUCUUUUUCAAAGAAGUAUUUUUGGUACAAAAUGAAAUAAAAGGAAAAAAAGUUUUUUGGAAGCAUCUGGGGAAAAGCCACGGCAUUGGAAACCACGGUACGAGACAGUUUAUCAAGUUCCAAUUCAUUACAGAAGGACUUUUUUAAAAACGAAAGAAAUAUAUCUAUAAAUUAUGACUGAAUACUGUGCUUUGUAAUCUCGAAGGGGCGUAACUCUUUUCACUGUGAGGUUUAUAUGAUACGACAAGCUGCUUUCUUGCCAAACUAAAACAGCUCAAAAGCAUGUCUGAUUGUGGUAUCUUCUCUACAAUUUUUGUUUGUUUGUUCGUUAACUCCCUGAAGUUUUAAUGUUUGAGUAUUUUGUCUCACCUCUGUAUCUAUUUUUUACAUUUUUAUUCCUGUUAUGGUUGUUCUGAUCUUUUCGAUUAUGAUUUCAUUCCAGCUGAAGAUAGGAAACAGUGACCUGAACUGAGACAUUUAAGCACAUUGGUACUAACUAAUCAGCUGCAGUCAGUGACUUGCGAAGACCAGUAUUCCAUCUUCGGCUUUAUUUCAGCGAGCAGCACUUUAAAUAGACAGUUCAGCCCAAAAAGGAAAAUUCUGUCAUUGUUUCUGUCGAUCUUCAUGUUUUUCCAAACCUGUUUGACUUUCUUCUGCGUAACACAAAAGUAGAAAUGGUUUGCAGUUAUAAGAUUCAAGCUUUUGAGCUUCAAAAAUAAUGCUUAAGCACCAUUAAAAUGCGGUUCAUUCGAUUUGUAAGUUAUGUUCGGAAGCCAUAUCUUAAAAUUUUUAGUCAAUGUGUUGCAUUUAUGAAAGUUACGCAGGUUUGGACCAUGAGCAAUUUUAAUAGUCACAUUUAUUACUACAGCACUUUUUGCAAUGUUUCAUUGCUUUAAACCAAGAAAUUAUUAAAUAUAUACAGCAGGUAAUUUAAGUAUUAAACACGUCACCAAUUUUCUCCGUUAAAGGAUUAGUCCAUUUUCUUAAAAAAAAAUCCAGAUAAUUUACUCACCACCAUGUCAUCCAAAACGUUGAUGUGUUUCUUUGUUCAGUCGAAAAGAAAUUAUGUUUUUUGAGGAAAACAUUCCAGGAUUUUUCUCAUUUUAAUGGACUUUAACACGUAACAAUUUUAAUGCAGUUUCAACGGAGUUCCAAAUGACCCUUAACGAUCUCAACCGAGGCACAAGGGUCUUAUCUAGCGAUUGUCAUUUUUGACAAGAAAAAUAAAAAAUAUGCACUUUAAAACCACAACUUCUCGUCUAUCUCCGGUCCUGUGAAGCCCCAGCGCGACCUCACGUAAUUGCAUAAUGACAUGGAAAGGUCACGUGUUACAUACAUGAAGCGCACAUUUGUGGACCAUUUUAAACAAUAAACUGACACAAAGACAUUAAUUUGUAUCAUUCCACAUACAACAAUGUCGGAACGGUCCUCUUUCUCCACACUUGUAAACACUGGGGCGUAGUUCGAUACGUCAUCCGUGACCUCUUGACGUGAUGACGUAUUGCGUGAGGUCGCGCUGGUGCAUCACAGGACCGGAGAUAGAUGAGAAGUUGUGGUUUAAAAGUGCAUAUUUUUUAUUUUUCUUGUCAAAAAUUACAAUCGUUUCGCUAGAUAAGACCCUUAUGCCUCGGUUGGGAUCGUUUAGAGUCUUUUAAAACUCCAUUUUAAAAAAAUGUUAAGUGUUGAGUUAAGUGUUAAGUGUUGGGGUCCAUUAAAGUCCAUUAAAAUGAGAAAAAUCCUGGAAUGUUUUCCUCAAAAAACAUAAUUUCUUCUCGACUGAACAAAGAAAGACAUCAACAUUUUGGAUGACAUGGUGGUGAGUAAAUUAUCUAAAUUAUCACAUUAAAUAAGGAAUUUGCAAUAACUUCAUACAAUUACCGAAUUAUCAAUUUUGGGUGAACUGUUCCUUUAAAGAGUAACUAAACCCUAAACCAACUUUUUUUAGUUAAUGAUCUGUAAGAAUGAUGCUUUAUUAGUGCUGUUCAUUGAUUUUAGUAAGUUUUUUGACAUUUGGAUAUAAAGUGUUUCAAUACUACAAUAUAUGGUGUAAAAACGUCUGAGUGCUGCCCUCUUCAGGUUGAACGGUGGCUACUGCAGUUGAAUUUUCCUAUUGGAUGUUGGGUCCAAAAAGUAACUCGUGACGUAAGCAGGUUCAAGCUCACCACGCCCUCGUUACGAUCUCACCACACACUUGGUACGAGCUUAGUUCGUACCCUCUAUCUCCGUUGGGAUCUGCCCACUUUUCUCGCAUUUUUCAAAUAUUGCCAGUGGGUGGAGUCAGGCUCUGAACAGGGGUUUAGUUACGCUUUAAGGACGAGCGAAAUGUAUUUAAAAUGUACUGUUUUAACUCGUCAACAAGUUGUAUAGAUUUAACUUUUAACUAUUUCUCAGCUAGCUAAUUUCUAACAAAUCCUAUAGGGGAGUCCCAUACACUACGUGCAGAGUGAAUUGCAUUGCAAUUGCCUUAACUGAACAAGCGUAAAUAUACGAUUAACAGUGCCUCUUCUGUAUUACACGACGCAGCUUCUGUAAAUAUUCAGGACAUGAUAACUCCCAUAGUGUUUUAAGGAGCCACGUCUGCUAACUCGGUCUCCUGUUCCAGCUCACUGACUUGCAUGGCAACCAAUUUCCUGCUGAUUCCCACUUUGUCCACAACUUGUGUAAUAGUAGCUUGGUCAUCGCAUGUCAGUUGAUCACGUUUGUACCAAAAGCAGGGUGCCCUGUUGUUCUGACCAGUACGUGCAAUAAAGUGUACAAGGAUGAAGAUUUAGUGCGAAGGGAGCAAACGUAGUAUCUGAUGUAGUGUGGUUGAGCAGAAGACGUGUUUUAGUACUACUGACUUUUACACUGGGGCCUCUGUCUAGAUCAGGUCUGAAUGGCUCCUGAUCGGCUCUUUAUUUUCGUAAACGUUUCAUUUGUUUUGUUAUGGUUUUUACUUUAGUCGAAGGACUAAAAGGGACUAGCUUUUCAACUUUGCAAAUGAAAAGUUGAAAAGACUCUUGAUGAAUAUAAACAAACUUCUCCCCUCUAAAAAUAAAAAACAAAAUGUCUGUUUUA